GUUGGUUGUGACUAGAAUUGUGCUUGUUCAAAUUUGAUAGAAUUCGUUACGGGAGUAUUUUAUGAGUCCUUAGAAUGACAUAGUUUGUUAUUCAAGUUGCAGUUUGUUAAAGACUUGUACAGGAUGGAUCCGCUUUAUUCUGUACUACAAGCUGAACCAAAUAAGCAAAAGGAACCGUUGGAUGCGAAUAAGAGCGUCCGUUAUAGCAUAUUGCUUGCACCUUUCCAACCAACAACAAAGAUUGAUCUUGAGACUGUCAUUAACACCAGCACGGAAUGUUAUUUGGAUAUAAUAAACACUGGUUUUAAAACAUUACAUGUAACUGUAACGAAAUUACCAUGUGUGGAACGUCAAAUUACCUUAAGUUUAUCUGAAUUAAAAAUUAAAGAAAAUAGUGUUGGCACAAUACAUAUCACAUGGUUUCCCAAAGAAGCAGGAUGCUGGAGAGAUGUAGUGCAACUGACCGACAACAGACGAAUUAAAUAUGACAUUAUAAUAGGAACAACUGCUAAGAGUGACAAGAAAAUUAAGAGGACAGGAAGGAAACCACUGUUACCAAAGCCAAAUGUUGUGUCCGUGUCAGCGGCAAAGAAACCAUUUCAGCGAAAUAAAACAUCAUCAAAAACUUCAACCACAACAACUCAGCCAUUAGUUAACAAUCUUGAUACACAAGUUAAACAAUACAAAUCAAAAUAUGAGAGCGAUCUGAACAAGGAGAAUGUUUUUAGUAAAAAUAGUGAAGUAAAGAUUAAUAUUUUGCGAGAAAAAGAUGAUGAACAUAGUAAAAUUAAUAGGAAUCAUGAAUGCAAUAAGCCAGAUGUCUUUGACCACAGCAUGAAUGUGUCCUGGAAAGAUGGAAGUGUUUUGCCGCAAACUUUUCUUCCUUUGAAUAGGCCGCAAGACAUACGUAGAGCCACGUAUAUUAAAGAAGAAAAAUCACUCAACAAUAUAUUACAUAAACACGAUGAAAGAGUUACUGAAAACGCAGCAAAUAUGAGAAACACUGCUCAGUUUGAUAUUUCCACAAUGUUAAACAAGUUUACUUUGACGUCUGCUGAUGCACUUUUGAGUUCUCCGCAAGUGAUAAAAAAAGAAUUAACAGAGUCCACAAAUUUGCAGGAUUCAGACAAACAUAGGACUUUCGACAUCAUCGAUGGUCAAUUCUUGGAAGCACCUGCAACACAAGCAGCAGACUUAAACAAUUUAUCACUGAAUAAAUUUGAGAUGUCCUUUGUAACUGAUGUGAAUGGUUUAAUUGCAUCGUCGCCGAUUGGGAAGCUUCAACAUUGCAAUAUGUCGAAAGAAUCUAAAGAACACUUGAAGCAUUUCACACUGGAUGUAAAUCAGGGCGCUCAAAAACCUGAAUGCGAAUACUUUAGUUUUGAAGUUUGUCCUGAGAAUAUAGAAGCCAAGAAAGCAGGAGAUUUAUAUAUUGAGAUUUCCCCGCCGAAACAUUCGCACUCAUUUUUUAUGUCAUUAAAAUCCAACACGAGAGCAGGCAAAAUAACAAAAAACAAAACUUUGUGUGAUAUGAAAAGCGCAAAGAAAUUUAAUGUACUUUCCACAAAAAAGGGUAAGAAGAAAAUAGAAGCAGCAAUCAAGGCAAACAAAUUGUCUCUCAGCUUGAGUAAAGCAAAGUGGAAUACUUCGUCAUCCUCCAAAGAAACAAGCUUUAGAGUGGAGGACAAGGAAGAAUCUUUCAUCUACGAAGCAUUUGAACUGGAUCCUUUUGCACCAUCCACAAUAGAGGACCCAUUCCUUAAAAAUACAGUGCAUUAUGACGAGCAAUGGUUGCUGCAGCAAGAACUGGUGUUCACAAAGUGGUUAAAUGCUCUGCUGUCUUCACCAGAGGACUUAUCUACCGAUAUAGAAACCGUAGCGGAUAUCGGCAAAAUAUGGCAGUUAUGCAAAACGCAAAAGGAAACUGUGCUGGCUGAAACCAAGGAGGUGGUAUCCGCUAGAUAUCAUACGAGCAUCAAGUUGAACAUAUUGCGAAAAGCUGCGAGUGCCAUGUUUAAUCGCACCGAAGUCACGGAGGUUCUUUCACGCACCAACAUGUGCAUCGUCAAAGGAACUUUUUGCAUCAGAUCAGAUCGCAAUCUACAGCGAGAUAUUGGUUUGCAGAAGCUCAUAUUGGGAUUGUUUUUCUGCUACAAUCCACUAUGGCUGCGUAUUGGCUUGGAAACCAUAUACUGCGAAAGCAUCCCUCUGCGCUCAAACAACGACAUCGUCGGUCUGACCCGCUUUCUACUGGCAAGAUUUUUCUCGGAUCCGCGAUUGACGAAGAUGCCCGGCUAUCAUAAAUCCGAUCCGAGCCAGAAGUUCGUCACGCAACUGAAUCAGUUUAUUCUGAAGAAGUUCUUGUUCCUUGUAUACUUCCUGGACUACGCGAAGCAGCGCAAGCUAAUCGGCCACGACCCGUGCCUGUUCCACAAGCGCGCCCAAUACAAGGAGAGCCGCGACAUCCUGCUGAGCUUCACGCGCGAGCUCCUGAGCGGCAUCGGCGACGUGACGAGGGUGCUGCGGGGCCACAAUUACGUGCUCAGCCAUCGGCAGACCUACAUCGAGGAGUACGAUUACGCGAUGGUGAAUAUACGACACGAUCUGCGCGACGGCGUGCGACUGUGCCGCGCCAUGGAGCUCAUCACCGGCGCUCGUGGAUUGACCCAACGUUGCCGAGUGCCGGCGAUAUCGCGCCUGCAGAAGGUGCACAACGCAGAGAUGGCACUCAACGCCCUGCGCCAGGCCGGCUACACGCUCAAGGGUGACAUCGACGCGAAGAGCAUCGUCGACGGUCAUUGCGAGAAGACGCUGUCGCUUCUGUGGCAGAUCAUUCACAAGUACCAGGCGCCGCGAUUCGAUCGGUCGUCACGCGUGAUCCAGAAGUGGUGGCGGGCGAAGCUCUGGUAUAUCAAUGUGAGGAAUCACCUCCGUGCACGCAGAAAUUGCGCCGCGGUCACAAUUCAACGUGCGUGGAGACGCAGACUGCACUCCUGGCGAUAUGUGCCGGCUAACAACGAUCUUGAGGAACGCAAGCGGUUCUUGCUCGUCAGACGGUCUGCAAUAUGCGUUCAGCGAUGGUGGAGGCGGAUUCGCGAAACGAAGAGACUGCAAGAGAUAAAGAAGACGCGCAAAGCGGUGAUUAUCCAGAGAAGGUGGAGAGCCUUGCGGCUGAUGCGCUCGCAGCGAGAGCAAUAUCUUCAGCAGAGAAAUGCUGCAUUGUUAAUUCAGAGACGCUGGAGAGCAACGCGGAUGAUGCUGGCGCAACGCUUUCAAUUUGUCGUGCGCAGAUACGCCGCUCGGAGAGUGGCAUUCUGGUGGAGAAACAGAAAAAUCAUGCGGGAGCAGCGCGAGCGAUUUCUCCAAAUGCGAGAGAGCGCGUGUGUCAUCCAGGUUUGGUGGAGGCGACGUUUAUCAGCGCGAAAAGCGCGUAACAAUUUUUUACUGGCAAAAGUUUCCGUACGAACCAUUGAGAGAUGGUGGAUGAGUGUGAUCGAUAGAAAACGAUUUCUUCAAUGCCGAAAGAGCGCUAUUCUCAUUCAGCGAGCGUGGCGAGAGUGUCGAGCGCGCAAGCGAGAAGCCGCUUGCGCGAAGAUACAGGCUUGGUGGAAAGCUGCGCUACGCUCGCGCGAGUACAAGCUUCGGAAGUCUUGCUGCGUGAAGUUGCAGCGUUGGUGGCGCGGAGUCGAGCUCGCGAGACGUCAACGCGCGGAAUUCCUGCAACUGCGGAACGCGGCGUUAAUCGUCCAGAGAAGAUGGCGAGCGAAAGCGGCCCGAAGACACUAUCUGAAACAGCAGGCGGUCUUGAAAAUACAAUCCUGGUGUCGCCGUGCUAAAGCAGCGAGGAUUGCACGACAAAAUUACCUGAAGACGAGAGGCGCCGCGAUACGCGUGCAGAAUUGGUGGCGUAGCGUCACGACGGCACGCCAGGAGCGCGGAAGAUACUUGCAGCUUCGCAGGAGCGUCGUUCUUCUGCAAAAUCAUUGGCGCCGACGUGCUUCAGCACGCGCGGACCGUGAGCGAUACUUGUCGAAGAGACGGGCGUGCAUCGCUCUGCAAUCCUGGUGGCGAAUGAUCAAAGCCAAGAGCGAGUACGGGCGCUACAAGAGCUGCGUGCUCACGGUACAAAGACGAUGGCGCGCGAUAAGAGCCGCCCGCGCGAAGAAGAAGGAACAACUGCUGACACGAGCGGCCGUCGUCGUGCAAGCUCGCUGGAGAGCUUUGACGGCGAGAAGACACUUUCUCGCUUUGCGCCGGGCUGCGAUGGUCGUCCAGUCGCGUUACCGAACGAAGAUCGCAGCGCGGAGGUACAAGAUCGUCAAGCGUGCGGCGUUAACUAUCCAGAUGCACUGGCGGGGCAGACGAGAGAGACUGCGUUAUCUGUUCCUGAGACGAACAGUGAUCGCGCUGCAACGUUGCUACAGACAGAAGGAAGCUGCGAAGAAGCAGCGAGAACACGUCGCCUCCAUCGCCACGAAGAUUCAUAACGAGUGCGAGGACAUUAUGCAAAUAGAUGACAACGUCACCGCGGAACUCGCAUCCCAAAACAGCUACUACUGGCAAGACAAGAUCGACGUGCUGCGCAAUUGCAAGUGCGUCGGGAAGAUGAUUCUUUGCCUGAGCACUUUAGAUACCAUGACAAAAUUGUCAAUGACCAUCUGCGGCAUAGUGUGCGAGUUGAACCUGACCGAUGACAUUUACAACACGUUAGUGCAGUACAACAGAUCCAUGCCGUGGAUGAAGGUUUAUCUACAAGCGUGCAGCAUUUUGAUCACUCUGGCAAAAUAUUCUCACACCAAAAAGUAUGUCCUCAAGAAAAACUACGCAUUGGGAUUAGUGAAGCUUCUAAGCAAAUCGUUGAAAGACAAGGACGUAUUUCUACAUUGCGCCACUUUAAUUUGGCUGCUCAGCCAGGAUGAAGAUUACUUGAAGAAUAUCACAACAUGUUCGGAAAUAAACUGGCUGAUGAGAAACAUUAAACAGAAAGUUUUGAAAGACAUCACUGCAACGAAAUUCCAGAAAUUGAAGGAUUUAAAGCACUUAUAUCCCAGCUGCGAGCCUGAUCGCUACAAUCGGGAAAACCCCCGUCUUUUUGCCGAUAUGACUGUGGCCGUUGUCGCUCUUGUUAGCAGAAUUGGUACAUGAUAUUAAUUCACAAGAUACGCCUUCUCAUCGUUAAAUUGCUCAUCCUCGGAACGGUCUGUAUGGAAGCGCGUCAGGAAUUCGAUCAACUUCUCCUGAUUGCG